AUGUACCGAGCUGUCCUCCUCAUCGCCGCUUGCGGCCUCGCCAUCCAUCAGGUCGACGCGACCGCUUGUCCUGACAUCCUAUCGCAGCCAAAUAGCACCCGCACCGCCACCGCCAAUAGCCCGGACGUCAACCAGGAUCCGCCAAAGUGCACCACCGUCGGGGAAUUCUGUUACAGCGCCAGCAACGUUGGCAAGUGCUACCCUGCGGCAGCAUGCGCUAAGCUGGACACCGCAGCCGGACUGGUAAAGACAGCCAACGCCCCUGACAAGACCACCGACCCGGCCAACUGUACCACCGAUGGAGAGAAGUGCUAUAACGACGGACAGAGCGAUGCCUGCUACGCGCCGCCCACGACGACAAUGUUGACCACCGCUGCCUCAUCCGAGGCGACGGGCAGCACGGCCGCCACCGGAUCGACCACCGCGUCCAGCGAGUACACCGGAAGCUGUGUCGAUUCUAACACAAACUGUGCGACCUGGACGAAGAACGGAUUCUGUAACAGCAACGUCUACACGACGCUCCAAAAGGGGCAGUACUGCGCCAAGUCUUGCAACCUGCAGCCGGCUUGCGCUGGAGGCGGUGGCGGCGGCGGUGUUGUCACCGGAUGCAGCGACGAUAGCGCCAACUGCCCAACCUGGACGAAGAACGGCUUCUGCACGAGCUCCUUCUACGCCAGCCAGGUGCAGAUGUGUAAGAAGUCGUGCAAUCUCUGC